ACCGCGCAAUAAGUGAUCUAGCCUAACCUGUGCUGACGAUCUCAACGGAUUGAUGUGUCAACAUAUUUCGAAUAAUUCGAGGUCAAGAAGAAGACUCGAAUCUAUAAAGAAGAAACGUAAUUAAAAAACGUCGGCAGGAUGUCCGGAUACGCCGGCCAGAAAAACACCUACUGGGCCCAGUCGCCGCCGUUGCCGCAGGGCCAAUUCAACUUUGAUCAGUCCGGUUUCGGUCAACCUAACCAACAAUUCGAAUUCCAGACGUUCAACGAGCAAGCAACUGGCGAUUAUUCGUAUGGGCGCAAGAGUUUUCUCGAUCCUACACAGAGCUCCUAUGGCAGCGACCUAUACACGCAGGACGAUUAUACGAAAGGCACUCCUGGCUUCGGAGAGGAAGAGGAUGAACCGCCUCUGCUGGAAGAGCUCGGUAUCGAUCCCGACAGGAUAAUGCAAAAGACUCUGGCAGUGUUGAAUCCCUUCCAUAGGAAAGGACAAAUCGAUGAUGCAAAUUAUCUGCUGCAGGACUCUGAUUUAGCAGGGCCUGUGGCAUUUUGCCUGGUCCUCGCGGCGUUUCUACUGCUGGCCGGUUCAAAAGCACACUUUGGCUAUGUAUAUGGCUUAGCCAUGACUUCUUGCAUACUCAUGUAUAUCCUACUGUCCUUGAUGAGCAGCAGCGUAAAUAUCACAUUGUCGUCUGUCGCAUCUGUAUUGGGCUAUUGCUUGUUGCCCGUGGUUGUUCUGGCGGGUGUUAGCGUCUUCACUACAUUGCGAGGCCCAAUAGGCCUGAUUUUUGCGGUCUUAGCUGUCGCUUGGGCAUCGUUAUCCGCUUCUAGACUUUUCACCACUAUGUCGGGAGAAGACGACCAGAAGCUUCUCAUAGCAUACCCAUGUCUACUUCUCUAUGGUGUAUUUACAUUGAUAAUAAUAUUUUAAUUUAGAAAUUGAUUGGAUGUAUGUAUAUUUAUAGGAUUUAUAUCCAUCUCUAAUUAAACUUCUCGGAUUUGAAUAAUACAUUUUGUUUAUGUACAGAUUGAUGCCAUUAAUUAUGUAAUAAAGUGAAAUUUAUUUAAGUUUGUAUUUACCAUAAUUGCAUUAUUAAUAAUGGAGAACCGUUUUGUAAAUGAUAGAACUGUCAACAGUUAAAAAAAUACAUAAUUUAUUAAGUUUCUGCGGUUUCUUAAAUAAUUUGAACUAUUUCAAUAAGCAGAUUUUUGGAAAAAUAUGCUUAUAUUUUGAAAGGAAGAAAUGAUGCAUGCGAGCGGGUACUAAGUUUAUUGCAAACGUUAGAUUAACAUUUGUUAUACAAUUUUUAAAUAAAGUUUAUGACCU